AUCAGAACGGUAAAAUAAGAACAAUAAUAAUAAAAUAUUAAAGAUCAAAGAAAUUCUUGGUUUCUUGUUACUUUUUAAAUAUUUUUCCAUUUUUGUACAUACUGAAAGUGAAAGAUUCUUACAAGCACGAUACACAAGAAAAAUACAUAAUCAAGGAGUAGAUACAGAAUAGGUAAUCAAUAAUGGUAGGUUCAUUAGCGCUUCUCAAAAUAUUGCACUGUAAAAACGUUUGCCAGAAGUCUACUCAGCAACAAAAAGAGAAAAAUCAUAGGGUGUCAAGUGAUGAAAGUUAUCGUAAGUUUAAGGAAAAGAAGAAACAAAGUAAGAGCCGUAAUGAAAGAUAUAAAAUUGCAAAGAAAAAAAAUCAAAGAAUGUCAUAUGAUGAAAGUUUUCCUGAGCUGGAUAGGUCUGAAAUUCAUACUAAUCAACAGAAGACAUGCAGGGUUUGUUUGAAAGAGGGUGAUGUACCUAUUUAUGGGGAAAACAGCCAAGAGGAUUUAUCUGAAGCUUUGAAUAUAUUUGGAGGCAUUGCUGUGCUGAAAGAAGACCCGUAUCCGAAAUUCCUUUGUAAUUCCUGCAAUUCAUUACUUCAAGGGGCAAUUAUAUUGCGUAAAACGGCACAACAAUCUGAUGAAUAUUUAAAGAUGCCAGUGAAGAAACAAUGUAUCAUUACUGAAGAAGAAGAUCCCAGUUAUUUAGCAGAUGACCACCUGUCAUUUGAUGAAAUGGACAAGCAACAAGAAGAUGCUAUUUUUCACUGCAACAAGUGUGAUCUUGAUUUCCCAACAAUUAAAGAGUAUACAGACCACAUGCUGUCUCAGGAACAUGAAAAUAUGAGGCAUAAAUGCCCAAUAUGCAAUAAAACAUAUGCAUCACUAUAUUUGAAAACACAUCUUAGGUUACACAAACGCGAAGCACCAUACAUGUGUGAUAUUUGUGGCAAAAAGUUUAUAAUGCAGGGCCAGUUCACACGGCAUAGAUUGACUCACUUCUAUAACUUGCCUUUUAAAUGUCCACUAUGCCCAUACAGGGGCAGAUUUACGGAAUCUUUGAAAAUGCACAUGAGAUCUCAUACAGGUGAGAAACCGUACCAGUGUUCCCAAUGUGCUCACCGAUUUGUUAAUAAGAGUAAUCUAAAUAAACAUCUCUUAACACAUAAAGGGGAACAUGACUUUGUUUGUGCAUCUUGUGGGAGAGGUUUUUAUACAAAACGCGAUUUAGAAUUGCAUUUGAAGGUUGAUCAUGCGGGGAUUAAGGAUCAUUUGUGCAAUAUUUGUGGUAAAGCUUUUGGUUACCGGAAGCAGAUGAUGAAACACCAGUUGAAAGUUCAUAAACGAGAGAAGUUACGAAGUGGAAGAACCCCACUGUAUUUACUAGUUGACAGCAACAAGCAAAAUGGGGCAUCAGCUCCGACUGAAACUUAGGUUUUUUAAAGCAGUAGAGAAGCUACAUCAAUAGCAUUCAAGCUUAGACAGCCAUUAUUUCAAUAAUUACCGCCUUAAAGUUUUUGUUAGUUAACUUUUGUUGUACAUUUUAAUAUUGUAUUGUAAAUCAGUAUUUAAUUAAAGGCCAUCAUAACGUAACCCUUAAUUUUUUCAUU